AUGGGUAGUCUCCGGUACGCCGGCUUGUUUGCUACACUCGUCGAACGAGAUAAUAACCAGACCGACAAUAAUGAUAAUAACAACAAUUCAAGCCCUGGCUCCCAGUCAGUCACGGCUUUGCUGGGUGCCGUGCUAGGGAUUGCGCUACUUCUCGCUGUUUACUUCAACCGACGCAGUCGCAAAGACACUGAAGACCCCGGCGGUAAAAGCUCGUUAGAGCGUCUGAAACGACUCGAGGCUGUCUCGCCCACGAGGACAUUGGGAGAGUGGUGGCCAACCGUCAAGGAGUCCUUGGGUCUGUCGCAGAGCGUCGACAGCCAUUUUGUCUGCGUCAUUUGCUUCGAUCAGGUCGAGCUUUCACACGGCAUCCAUGAGCUCAAGUGCAUGCACGUCUUCCACAAGCAAUGUCUUGAAAAGUGGUACCUGCGAAGCCACUACACAUGUCCUAUGUGUCAUCAACAGUUUUUUCACGAACGGAGUCGACCUGCGCAUGACUAUAUCUGGAUGGUGUGA